AUGGACGCCGCUAAAUCGCCGCCGUCUGCCUCACCCAGGUCGAAGAAGCAGUCACAUUCACCCGCUCCGUCGGAUAAUAAGGCUCGGAAAGUCCCUGAAUCCGACCCGAAUCCAUGGGGUGUGAAGACGCCAAGCAAGCCGGCGGACCCCCCAAGGCGGCUGUGCAACCGCCGUGCGGCGAUGUCGAUCAAGGAAAUCAGGGAGGCGGCGAUGAAACUACGGGGACGCAGAUCCGACCCGCCCGAACCGAUUGAGCCCGUGGUUGAAUCCAAAGUCGAGUCCGUUGCUAAGCCGAAUAAGCCUUCUGGUUCGGAGAUAAAGCUUCCCGAGAAGUAUGAGUUGUUAGAUAAAUUCUUCAACAGCUUGGAUAGCUCAAUCAGACUACUUCAGUUGAAGGGAUCUGCACCAGUAUUUGCUAACAUUUGUCCCCAAGUAGAAAGUUUAACUGACAGGAGGUUCACAUAUAGCCAUUUAGCCCAAUUGAAGUUCAUCAUGCCCAAGGCGAUUAUGCUAGAGAAAGUCUUGCGGCAUGAUGAGCGCACGAGCUGCAUGAGGCCUGACCUUCGCAUCACAUUGAAUGUUGAAGCAGUGAAAAGCAAGAACAAUUCUCAAUCCCUCGGUGGCAAUUUGCGGGAAGAACUUUCCUUCCAAUAUACCUCAUCCCCCUUGCAGCCCUGCCCAGAAAGAGAAUCAACAGAACUUCACCUAGCCGUUAGAAGAGGGAGGCGUAUCUGUAGGCCCUCCAUCAGGCUCACAUAUAGUAGAAAACGCAAAAGGGGAAGACAAGGGCUGCAAUGGGGAUGGGGUAUUGGAAGGAAAGUUCUUCCCCUGAAUCAAAAUAAAAGUAGGGCAGAGCAUCAAUGUUCUGUAGCCAUUUGGUCAUCGAAAAUGAGAAAAAAUGUGGAUCCAAUAUUGAUCGAAAUGUCCCAGAAAAUGAGAAGACAGUUAACUGAAGAACUGAAGUUCGUUUGGGGUCAAGAUAAAUGCAAAAAGACAAGCUCCUUCCUUAAGGAUAAUCCAGAAAAACCAGUCAUGUUUAAGGAAUUGGAGCAGUUUUGGCGAGUAUUUGAAUCGUAUGACACCACGAACACAGUCUUAGUCGAUGACUCACCUUACAAAUUAUUUCUUAACCCACUCCACAAUGCCAUAUUCCUCAAAACCUAUAAUGGAUCAGUUCACGACAAUUAUUUGGAUCUUGAAGGGAAAUUUGUAAACUAUUUGACAAAAUUAGCUGAUGCCGAUGAUGUUCAAAGCUAUAUCAGACAAAAUCCUAUUGACUAUGAAAACAUAAAACAGGGCAGCGAGGAGUGGAACUACAACAUUGCUAUUGCUGAUUGCUUUCGUUUAGGUGCAAAUGAGCUACAUUGA